UCUCCAGGUUGUGAGAGGACUUUCAUAACAGUGAGUGCAUUAUUUUCUCAUAAUCGAGUCCACUUCAGGGAACAAGAAAUGUUUUCCUGCUCCUUCCCAGGCUGUAACAAGCAGUAUGACAAAGCUUGCCGGCUGAAAAUCCACAUGAGAAGUCACACAGGAGAAAGACCUUUCAUUUGUGACUUUGAAGGCUGUGGCUGGUCUUUCACCAGCAUGUCUAAGCUAUUAAGACAUAAAAGGAAACAUGAAGAUGACAGGAGAUUCACAUGCUCUGUAGAAGGUUGUGGAAAAUCUUUUACAAGAGCAGAACAUUUGAAAGGCCAUAGUAUAACUCACCUUGGUACAAAACCAUUUGAAUGCCCUGUGGAAGGUUGUUGUGCAAAGUUCUCAGCACGCAGUAGUCUAUAUAUUCACUCCAAAAAACACCUUCAGGAUGUGGAUUCAUUGAAGAUGCGUUGCCCCGUAUCCAGUUGUAGCAAAUUAUUCAAUUCAAAGCAUAGUAUGAAAACACAUAUGGUCAAGCAACACAACUUUAGUGCAGAUCUAUUAAAUCAGAUGGAAACCAUUGGUUCCCUCACACCUAGCAGCGAACUUGCCAAUUCAGGACAAAGUGACCUCAGCAAUGUAGAUCUGGUGUCCCUUUUUUCUAGUGUAUCUGGGAACUCCUCUGGAAUUUCAGCUGAUAUGGCUCUCAUAAACUCUGGAAUCCUUACCAUAGAUGUUGCUUCAGUGGGCUCUACGCUUGGAGGCAGUCUGUCUGUCAAUAGCAGCUCCCUUGCUCAGACAGUUGACCCACUGAUUUUAGUGGCUAGCAGUGACAUUCCACACAGCCUGGAUAGCUCUCUUUUAUUGGGAACCACCACCACCGUUUUACAGCAAAGCACUUUAAGUUUGGAUGAGGUACAGACUGUGAAUGCAGAAGCCUUAGGCUCAUUAGCAUCUUUGUCAACAAAAAGUUCCAGUCAAGACUUGCACGGUUUGACUUCUAGCAAUAACCUGUCAGUAGACACGGCCACUUUAACCCCUUCCAGCAGCCUUGGUGGAAACAAUACAGCUGAAUUAUUAGCUCCAAAUAAAGCAGAGCAAACUUUGCUUCCUAGCCUGGACGUUGUGGAGCAACAAGAAGGCAGCAAAGUGGUCACUCAGUAUGUGUUCUCCAACCCUUCAGGAAGUUACAGUGCACAGAAAGAAACUGAUCUGAGCACAGGGACUGGCAGCUCUAUUCCGGAGAGUGGUGGGUCUGCGAGAACAGAUUAUCGAGCUAUUCAGCUUGCCAAAAAAAGAAAACAAAAAGGAAAUGGGAAUGGGAAUGACAUAGGCUCAACUGACUCUGGUAUAAGAAAAAGCAAAAAUGAUAAAGUUAACUGUUUUAGUCCUGGAAAUCGGUUAUGCAACAGUAUUUUGCCUAAUGGAAAUCUAACAGUAAGAGACCCUUCGGCUGGCACACAGUUUGUUCAAAUUCAGUUGCUUCAGGAUGAUUCUCCAGGAGAAGGAGAUCUACCCUUCCAGCUCAGUUCUCAAUCUUCCUCCUCACACUCUCAGCUGACAGUAGAUUUACCUGUUCAUAUUCUUCAGGAGCCACACAAUUCUGCUGAAGAAGAUGCCAAUUCUGAUAAUUCCCAGUUUACAGGAAGCACCAUUAAUCUACAAGACCUUGAAUGAUUUCGUUGGAGAUAGAAGCAUUGGAACUUUCAGACACAGAAGCAUCCUGAGAAAUAAGAGUCUGUUCCUGCUUUGAAAGGAAAAAGUAAACAAUGGAAGCAUGCUCACCAGUGCUGGGAUGCUUGAUGGUUAUCGUGCAACAGAAAACUUGUUCAGUAAAUUUUAUUUGAUAAGGCAAUUUGAGAUCUUGGUAUGUUCUAUCUUAGAGUCAGGAAAAGGAACAUAUGGGGGAAUUAGAGUCCUGCAUUAGAGCGAACGUGCAGUGGUGAUAUCCCACAUUGAUUUUAAGAAUAAUUAAGAAUUAAGAACAAUUCUCAAAAUAGUAGAUAAUUAAGCUUAGCACUUUUUUCUUGAAAUGAAUUAAAUUUGGGGUUAAAAUGAAGGAAUAAGCAGGAAGGCCAAUUUAUUUUUGCAAACUGACAUUUUAAAGAGAUAAGAGCAUAAAAAUAGUACCAUACUCAGGGAUAGUAAAGGUUGAAUUAGUAGAGCAAUAUGAUUUCUUGCUCUUGCUAUCUCUAAUUUAGCAUUUUACACGGAACGUGAGAAAGCUGCCUAGCACAUGUUAUU